GUGGGGUUUUCAUGCUCCCAGCAUGAGCUCCUACUUUGUCAACCCCCUGUUCUCCAAAUACAAAGGCGGUGAGUCCUUGGAGCCGGCGUAUUACGACUGCCGGUUCCCUCAAAGUGUGGGUAGGAGCCAUGCCUUAGUAUACGGCCCGGGCAGCACGGCGCCCAGCUUUCAGCACGCCUCUCACCACGUCCAAGACUUCUUCCACCACGGGACUUCGAGCAUCUCCAACUCUGGCUACCAGCAGAACCCGUGUUCCCUCAGCUGCCACGGAGACGCCUCCAAAUUCUAUGGCUACGAGGCGCUCCCCAGACAGCCUCUUUAUGGGGCUCAGCAAGAGGCGAGCGUCGUGCAAUAUCCCGACUGUAAAUCCUCCGCCAACAGUAACAGUAACGAAGGACAAGGGCACCUAAAUCAAAACUCGUCUCCCAGUCUCAUGUUUCCAUGGAUGAGACCCCACGCUCCUGGGCGGCGCAGCGGACGACAAACUUACAGCCGGUAUCAGACCUUGGAACUAGAAAAGGAGUUUCUCUUUAAUCCAUAUUUGACACGAAAGCGACGAAUUGAGGUCUCUCACGCCCUGGGACUGACUGAAAGACAAGUGAAGAUUUGGUUCCAGAACCGCAGGAUGAAGUGGAAAAAGGAGAACAACAAGGAUAAACUUCCUGGAGCCCGAGAUGAGGAGAAAACAGAAGAAGAAGGGAACGAGGAAGAGGAGAAAGAAGAGGAAGAAAAAGAAGAGAACAAGGACUGAAAGGGGGAAAAGAUUUUUUUUUCUUUUAGCAACUCCCUUGAAGUUUCGUUUUAUGGUAGAGGAUAAAUUGAGAAGUUUACGACUGUCAUUCGCUUUUAUAGAGAAUAGAAUGAGACUCACAACUGUAACUACCUGUCAAAUACUUGUAACUCUGGUUUUACGAUCAUUGAACUUCCCCCUAGCUUUAUAUUUUUUGGGGCUGGGGAGGGGAGAUGAGGGUUCUGGGAUGGUGCUGGGUGGAGGCGGGAGGAGGAAUCUAGACACGUAGAAAAGUUCUGGCUCCUGUCUCAACAAGCUCCCCACCACCCCUACACACACACACACACACACACACACACACACACACACACGCAAACACACGCAAACACACGCUACUCCAGCCUCUCUCCUCUCCUGGUAUCUCAGAUCUGCCCUCUCCUUCUUUGCUCUCCCUUUGGAUAUAAACUACAGUCCCACCUCACUGUCUCUUUGGUGUUUAUUUUUGUAGGGGAGCACUUCCCCCAGGCUCUGAAAGAGUUGAGGGGAAGGAGAGGGAAUUCCUUGCUUUUUCUUCUGUGCUAUGUUAUAUUAUUGGAUUUCCCCCUCUAAUUCAUUGUUCCUUUUGGGGGAGGGGGAAGAUCCUUACUUAGAGUGACUCCCUUGGCUUUCCCUGGAACCUUAGGGAGACCUGACUUUCUGCUGCCCCACACCCCUAAGAAGCAGAGAUCAGUAUGUAGCCUCCCUCUAAAGAGUUCCUUCCAGUCAGGACACGGUCAGUCCCCAGCCAGUGCUCUGUGGUUUCUGUUGUCCAAAGAGGCAGCAGCUCUGUGUCCAGCUUCCCCAGUCCCUAUAUGUGUUAGCUCUCUGAAAUAAUAAUAAGUAUGAUGAUAAUAAUGAUAAUAAUAAAUCUUUAAUGUACUACCU